AAAAACAAGAACAACUGUGCCGUUCUUAAUGGUUUAAUAAAAAUAUUGUCCCUCAAGCAGAUUAACUGGAUUACAAAUCGUGUAAACUAUCACAGAACAAUUUCCUGAACUGCACUAAAAAUCCCCGUACCGUCACAACACCAUUCCCAUUAUAAUAACUAAAGCCUUCCAACUCAUCAAUUUCAUACACACUUUGUGACGUCACGUUGGUCAUAGCGAUGGAGUUAGGGUUCCUGGAUGCUUUUUAACGUUAUUAUCCCCCCUUAUUCAUUUCAUGAAAACAUCGCGCUGUUAACUGUGUACAUAAUGAAGAUUCAUAGUUGUUACAAAAUAUACUCCUCGGAGAGUAUGUUUGAUGUCUGAUUUGGGCUGCCUGUUUUUUCACAUUGUGCUGUUGUGCAAGGAAGUACGAAUUUAGAGAUGGUCCCUUAAUGGGGAAAAAACCACAUGUAACUCCCAAGAUUCCGAGGUCAUGACAAUGUAAAUAAGCGACAAGGAAGGAAGAGUUAUGUGGGUUGUUCGUUUUUAUACAAAUACGCGGUUCCUCCUCAGUGUGUCGGUCUUGCAGACGGCACAACGCACCAUUUCUUCGGGGUCCCACCUCCUGCAUUUUUGACAGCUUUGUUUUUACGAGGUAAUGCCGCUGGAUGGCGCGCUGACGUUACCCAGGAAUUUGGCAUCUUGGGCCCCAAUGCAACAAGGCUUUUUCUUCUCUUGAUCUGUUUCCAGCAAGAGCGAUUUCUAGAUUUUGCUCUGCUGGAUGGUGAUUCUGAAAUAUAACCCUGCACAUGAUCAUGGCCUCCAUCUGAACAUGUAAGAGAUGAUAGCAGAGCCAACAUUAUCUACCAGAUCGUCCCUGCAAAAAGAGAAUUCUAUUGCUGACGUCACCUCUGGCUCUGCAGCUCACACCCCUAAUGCCGUGAAAAAUGAGAACAGACAGAAGACAGUGAGGGCCAAGAGGAGGGCUCGGGAGGGGUCAGAGAAUGCGAAGAGGAGGCGCCCCGAGGCUGGCUGUGGGAGCCAGGGGGGCGUGGACCGUGACCGCCACAAAAACGGGGAUGACGUGGAGGCCGUCACGCUGUUCGAAGUGAUCACCAUGGGGAAGAGUGCCAUGCAGUCAGUGGUGGACGACUGGAUAGAGGCCUACCAGGCAGACCGAGAUACAGCACUUCUGGAUCUCAUCAGCUUCUUCAUCCAGUGCUCGGGAUGCAAAGGUGUUGUCACAGCUGAAAUGUUUCAGAACAAAGAGGACAACGAAGUCAUGAACAAAAUGGUGGAAGAGCUAGAUGAGGGAUCCGGCUUACAGUACAAGAAGUUCCUGGCUUUUCCUUGGAUCCUCACAGUGACAUGGCCAAUGGAAUUGGACAGUGGUGAUUACCCCCUCACAAUGCCUGGGCCCUACUGGAAGAAGUUCAGGUCCAAUUUCUGUGAGUUUGUCGAAGUGCUGGUUUCUCAGUGUCAGUACAACGUCAUCUUUGACAGCUACCUGAUGGACACAGUCAUCUCCCUGCUGACUGAGCUGUCUGACUCGGGAGUCCGAGCCUUUAGACACACCUGUACACUGGCUGCUGUGAAGCUCCUGACUGCCCUGGCUGGCGUGGCUCUGAACCUGGGUGUUAACAUAGACAACUCUCAGAGGCUGUAUGAAGUGGAGAAGGUCAAGGCCCCCUCCAAACGUGCAAGCCCCAGAGUGGAAAAGCUAGAAAAGAAAAUCGAUGAGUUGCAAGACAGAAGACAAGAAAUAGAAAAUAUGAUGGAUGCCAUUUUUAAAGGAGUGUUUCUGAAGAGAUACCGCGAUGUGAUUCCUGAAAUCAGAGCGAUCUGCAUGGAAGAGCUCUGCCUCUGGAUGAGGUUGUACAGCCAGGUGUUUUUGAACGACAGCUACUUGAAAUACAUCGGAUGGAUGCUGCACGAUAAGCAACCGGAAGUCCGUUUAAAGUGCGUGCUGGGAUUGCAGGGGCUUUAUGGAGAUGAUGCCCUUGUUUCAAAGCUGGACCUCUUCACCAGUCGUUUUAAGGACAGAAUAAGUUCCAUGACUCUGGACAAAGACCAUGAAGUAGCUGUAUGUGCCAUGAAGUUGCUCACCAUCAUAUCACAGACCUGUGAAGAUGUUCUGACUGCUGAAGACUGUAAACACAUGUUCCAGUUUGUUUAUGCCUCUUACAGGCCCCUUGCUUCUGCUGCGGGAGAGUUUGUGUAUGAGAAGCUGCUCAGUUCCCCUGAGCCACUGGAGAAGGCAGAAGGAGUCUUGGAAAAGAAGGGGCAGUGCAGUCUGACCGCAUCCAGAAUGAGAACUCUGAUCCACUUCUUCCAGGAGGGCGGGGUUCAUCAGCACGUGGCCUACCUGGUGGACAGCCUGUGGGACUCUGCGGCCUCUCUUCUUUACCUCCUGUUAUACAGGCAAUUUCUUUUAUAUGGAGUCUUAAAAAGACUUGUCUUUUCUUCCCUUUUUGUGUGGGUAUGGCAGGAAAGGCACAAGCCUACAGAAAUUAUAUUCAGUUAUGUUUCACUAUGGCUGCGUUUGUCCCAGGUUAUCACUGCUAAAGAAAGGAAGAGCCAGAUGGAUGACUGCAUUAGACUCACUGAGCAUUUCAUUGUGGUACUUCCUGCACUUUUAGCUAAGUAUGCAGAUCAGAUGGAAAAGGUGACAUGCUUCCUUAAAAUACCUCAGUAUUUCCAGGUGGAUGCCUGCAGUUCUGAACAUUUUGAAAAGUACCUGCCAGCCCUGCUGAGGGAGAUGAGCGGUGUCCUGGGGCGGCCGGCGGACUCGGGGGCUCUGGAGGCCUGCUCCCGGACAUUCCAGACCCUCUGCUGCGAGGACGCGGCUGCUCGCCACCUCGCCAUCAGUUCCAGGGACCAGCUCGUGGACCAGUGGGUGGAUGACCUCAACCAGCUGCUGCGAGACCUACAGGAGGGGGGUGGGACCCCAGCUGUAGAUGAAGAAAGAGCAAACAAGAUUUUAUUUUUGCUCAAGAGAGUCACGGCUUUUCACAAUGCUCAUGACCUGUCAAAGUGGAGAGUGUAUGACACCAUUUCAAGACUACUUACUGCUGAGGUCCAGCAAGGAGUCCCUCAUGAGGUAAUUGUCCAUGCUUUACAGUGUGCGUGCUACGCUGUUCUCUGGCAGCUGAACACAAGCUGUGGAGGUGUGUCUUCCAGGGAGAGUGCGCUUGCCCAAAGAAGUCAGUUACGAAAUUUUUGUGAGAAAUGUCAUCGCUGCCUGUCCCACGCUCACCCUGCUGUAAAGGAACAGGCCUUCCUGUCCCUCUGCGAUGUUCUGACGGCUCACAGCUAUCAGCUUCACUCUGUGGAACAAGGGGCUGUCAGCCCCCUUCUCUACACCCCUGACCCCAAGCUCCAGAAGGCACUGCUGUCCUUCAUACAAGAGCGUGUGUUCACCGGCCUGGAGCAGGACAGCCAGAGCAGAGCCAGCGAGAGCGAGGCAGGAGUCGGUAAACUGGAUGAGCUGCACAGGAGGAGGGGCCUGCUGGCCGCCUACUGCAAACUGAUCGUGCACAGCGUGCUGGAGAUGAGCGCGGCGGCGGAGAUAUUCCAGCAGUACAUGAAGUAUUACAAUGACUUUGGAGACAUCAUUAAGGAGACUCUGAGCAGGACCAGGCAGAUGGACAAGAUUGAGAGUGCAAGGACCCUUGUCCUCUGCCUGCAGCAGCUGUUCCUCAGGCUAAAGCAGGAGCAGGAGAGCGGCACUGUGUGCAGUUCGUCCAUUCAGACAUUCAGCAGCAUCAAGGAACUGGCCCGGCGCUUCUCCCUGACUUUUGGAUGGGACCAGAUCAAAUCCAGGGAAUCUCUGGCCCUGAUCCACAGGGAUGGUAUAGAGUUCGUCUUCGGGGGAUUCGUGCAGGGAGGGGAGAAGCACACUCCGCCCUACAUCUCAUACCUUACCAUCCUCAGCGAGUUCUCCAGCCGGCUGCUGAAGCCUGAUAAAAAAACGGUGUACAGUUACUUGCAGAGGUAUGCAGGCGAGCAGACCGUCAAUAACAGAGAGGACUGCUGGCUCCCCCUGAUUUACUACAGGGCCUCUCUGCUGGCCACCACCGAGGGAGAGGACUCCUGCUCCUACAUCAGCACAGACACCUUCAGGCAGCCCUCCACAGCAGUCUGCUCCAGGCCGCCAUCGCUGAGGCAGGCUCCCUCUGACGGAGACUUGCACAGCAACUCCUGGCUCGCCUGCAAAACCCCUGAUCUAAAGGCUCCACCACAGCUGACCGCUGCAGUUAUUAAAGGGAGAAAACCUCUCAAAUCUAGUGAAAGCCAAGAUGACAAGAAAGAAAUGGAAGGAACUUCCAAGAUCCCUCAGCUGCAAGUCACGGCUUUAAAGUCCAGGGACCAGCAUGAUCUUACGAGUGAGGAUGUGGACGUCGAUUCGGUUGAUAUUGAGCUAACGUGAGCCUUUCGGCGCAGCCCUGCGAUUGCUGGGCUCUGCAGUUCCUCUCACAAACUUGUUGAUGGAGGGGGUAGGUGGCUUCACGAAGGAGAACAGUGGCUUGUGCUUGUUUUAGUGGAAGUGCCCUCAUUCCUCCUGCAUUGAGGUACUGUAUUAUCAAUACUGUAAAUUACAGCACUUUCUAUGAACCUCCUUAGGUGUUUUCUGACAGGUAUUUAUUUUUCUGGUGUGUUUCCACCAAAUUUACUCAGAUUUAUCCCAAGCAGUGUUUAUGGUUCAAUGGCAGUGCAAGCUCAUCAGAUCUUUUGUUUCUUUCUGACUCCUACUGCCCUCCAGGAUGAGUGCUUCAAAUUUUCUUUUAAAAGAAAGAUAUGGUGUUCAGGAGCAUGCAAAUCCAUCUAAAGAAGAAACAGUGUCAUUUUCAGAGUUUCCUAAACAGUACAGAAUUAGUUAUUUCUGUAAGGCCAAUGUCUAGGCUACCCUUGUUUGAAUGCAGAAGGACAGAAAAACAGACCUCAAGAGCUUGAGAAUGAUAGUGUGGCUAUAUAAAUAUGUAUGCAAGUGGCUCAUACUGUAUCUUCAGAAACUGUCAGUUAAGGGUCUCAUCGAGAUGGCGACUGUUCAGCUGGAAUGAAAAGUGGCCAACCCUGGUCCUUCAGCCUAGGAAUUGGGCAUCACUGAUUACUGAAUGCAUUUUAACUAGUUGUUUUCGUAAACAGGUUUCAUUUAUUUUUUUUUUUUUCCCUACACCUAUGUUUUAGAUUUAGGUGUAUGUCAGGAACAAAGGGAAACUCUUAAAUUCUACCUAAACCUCAUUUCCCUUUCUUUGCUCCUAAAAUUUCCUUAGUAUUUUUUGCCACUGGAUUCCUAGACACAAAACAGUUUUAGCAGUACUUAUUACAGAAUUUCUUUUUGACAGAGGAGAAUAAAAGACACCCAAGUAUAUGCCUGUUUCAGGUUACCUGCAAUUUAAAUAUUGUGUCAGUACCAAUAAGAUAAAUAGUGUUAAGGUGUGUUUUCAAUGUUCAUGGUUUGUCUAUACAUUCUAUUUUCCCCUUGUAGUUGCAGGAGUUCCUGUCUAUACAUUCUUGAGCACUUUGACAAUGCUGUAAGAGGGCCAAGUGGUAGCAGGGGUGGUACAGAACAUUUGUGUGGUGUCGAGUCUACAUUUGUUUGUCUUGAGUGGGUAGGGGCGAGAGUUUUGUUUUGCUAAAAGCACACGCCAAUUUCCACAGGUAAUUCUUGACCUUGAACUGUUUCAUUUGCGUGGGGCGUGUUUUUUUAUUGCUAUGGCUUCUUUCUGGGAAGUUCCUGGAAUAAAUUCUGGACCCCCCCCCCCCCCCCUUUAUAAUUUGACUGUUAUAAAUGUAAGAACUAAUUUACAGCUCAUUUUUCAUCACAGCAACUCCUUUUGUAAGUAGUUACAUUAUUUCUUAUUGUUAGAUGUUUUGUGUUCACUGAAGUAGCACCCACCUCAGAAAAAAGGUUUUCUACUCUUUUGAAAUGCAUACUGAUGAUUUAAACCCAUGGCAUUGUGUAACAUUCAAUUGGAUAGUGUACAUUAAGACAACAGAUCUUUUGUACGUCUUCCAUUAUUUUCACUGCCUUGCUUCAAUAAAAAAAAAAGAAUGAUCUACA